AGAAAUAUGUCACCCCAUGGAAGCUUUGUCAAAGGUCUGGCAUGCAGGGAUGCAUCAGGUUUUCUAAAUUAAGACCACAUGUAGUAUCAAAUAUUAAAAUAAUGGAGACAUUGAGGACAUUUUGGUUAAUUUUAUAUCAUAGAUGAGGGAAAUAAGGCUUAAAGAAUUGCAGAUAUUUUUUUUUUCUGUUUACACAACUAGUUACUGGCAGAACCGAAAUUCAUUUUCAGUUUAACACUCUCUUCUCUACAUCCCGUUUUUCAAUUUUGAGGGCUUAUUAUUGUUGAUAAUAGCCCUCAUUUUGGUUUAUAGCCCUCAAAAACCAAAAAUAGUAGGAGUGCUAUCCUGAGUUUUAUGCCCUUGGAGAUUGAUAUCACCAGUACAUGAUGUUCAAAUGCUUGGUGUCCUGCAGAACCACUUACAACAUUCUCCUUAUUGGAAAUGAAAGAGUGGAGAAUUUCCCGGAUUAUUAGAGAAAUUUGCAGAUCCCCUUAAGAAUAUGUCCUUUUUUCUCAGCAGGUUCAUUGACCAGUUCAUACCGACAAGAUGAAUCCAGCAAAUCACUCCCAGGUGGCAGGAUUUGUUCUACUGGGGCUCUCUCAGGUUUGGGAGCUUCGGGUUUUUUUCUUCACUCUUUUCUCUGCUGUAUAUUUUAUGACUGUAACAGGAAACCUUCUUAUUGUGGUCAUAGUGGCCUCUGACCCACAUCUGCACACAACCAUGUAUUUUCUCUUGGGCAACCUUUCUUUCCUGGACUUUUGCUACUCUUCCAUCACAGCACCUAGGAUGCUGGUUGAUUUGCUCUCAGGCAACCCUACCAUUUCCUUUGCUGACUGCCUAACUCAACUCUUCUUCUUCCACUUCAUUGGAGGCAUAAAGAUCUUUCUGCUGACUGUCAUGGCAUAUGACCGUUACAUUGCCAUUUCCCAGCCCCUGCGCUACACACUCAUUAUGAAUCAGACUGUCUGUGCCCUCCUCAUAGCAGCCUCCUGGGUGGGGGGCUUUAUCCACUCCAUAGUACAGGUUGCAUUGACUAUCCAGCUGCCAUUCUGUGGGCCUGACAAGCUGGACAACUUUUACUGUGAUGUGCCUCAGCUAAUCAAAUUGGCCUGCACAGACACCUUUCUCUUAGAGCUUCUAAUGGUGUCUAACAAUGGCCUGGUGACCCUGAUGUGUUUUCUGAUGCUCCUGGGAUCCUACACAGCACUGCUCUUCAUGCUCCGAAGCCACUUACUAGAGGGCCGCAGCAAGGCCCUGUCCACCUGUGCCUGUCACAUUGCUGUGGUGACCUUAAUCUUUGUACCUUGCAUCUACAUCUAUGCAAGGCCUUUUCAGACAUUCCCCAUGGACAAGGCAGUCUCUGUGCUGUACACAGUCCUCACCCCCAUACUGAAUCCUGCCAUCUAUACCCUGAGAAACAAGGAAGUGAUCAUAGCUGUGAAGAAGCUGUGGAGGAGGCAAAAGGACCUUACUGGUACCCUGGAGUGCAGACCCUUAGAUUAGCAGAGGCAGUGGCCUGAGAAUCUGAAAGACGCUUCAGGGUAUUAGCUUGCUUGAUAGGACCCUCAAGGUAGAUAAAACUUUAUGCCCACUGCUUCUCCAUUGUUCUUAACCUCAGUCAGGUUCUGGUUACCUGAACAAUUAGCCACAAUGGAAGAUGGGAUGAGUGUGUCUUAGAACCAAUUCUAAGUGCCUCCCAGAUGAAAGGUAUCAAGUUCUAUGCAGAAGUACUGUUUGGCUCAAAGACCGCUUUCCCAGGUAAGAAUAAUAUUGGCCUUGCUGAGAAAGUUUCAACUAGUAAAUCUGGUGUCUCUUUCCUGAUAUCACUUUUUGGACACAAAAUAUAUUGGAAGAGGUUAAAAUAGUUUUAAAUUUCUUUAAGACAAGGGUUCUCUUGAAAUAUUGGACCCUGAGUCCCAGUGGAGAUCGACUGAUAGUUGAAUGUUUGUCAGUGAGGAAAAAGGAAAUUACCUUGAGCACAUUACUUUCUUCCUCAUAGUUUCCUAGGGCCACUGUUGUUGCCAUCAGCAUCCUCAUUGUCAUCAUCUUUAUCACAUAAAUAAAUUUAAUGAGAGCUUACUAUGUUCCAGACACUGUACCAGGUGGUUUACUUUUAUAAUUUAUUUUAAUUUUCUCAAAUUAAAAAUUAAAAUUCUUAUGAGGUAGGUAUCAUCUUUACUUUAAACAUGAGUCAAUUGCAAGUUAGAGACAUUACAUAACUUACUUAAGGCUCCAGAGCUUGUUUUCUGGAAUCCAACCGAAGUCUAUACAUUGUCAGUGCCCAAGUCCUCAAUGGUGUCUAAAACUUAUAGGUUCUAAGGAUCUGUGGAUUUAUGUUAUCAUGGAUAGAGUUUAUAUCAUCAUGAGUUAUACUGACAUCAUAGACUUGGCAUUUGAUCAAACUUUUAAGAUAUGGCUUGAUCAUUCAUUCCCUUACAACCCUUCAGAGGCUUUCUAUCGCCUUAAAAAAAAAAAACCCAUGAAUAUGAUAGAUAAGAUGUUUUCUGACUUGGCCUCCACCCAUCUUUCCAAUCUCACUUCUCUAACUCCACUCUUUGCUAACCCUCUAUUUGCAUUUACUUCUCUCAGUCUCUCCUUACUCCUAGGGUUUGUAAAUAUUCUUUACUGACACUGGGAUGCUCUUCUUUCAGUCUUUGCCUAGCUAACUGUUGCUCAAUCUCAAUCCUUGGUCUAAAGAUUGCUUCCUCAAAGCUGUGUUUCCUGAUCUUUAAUCCAAAUUAAUUUGUCCUUAGUAGUGCCUCUAACAAAACUCCAAAGUAUUUAUCACAAAUUUCAGUUGCAUACUGAUUUAUGUAUUUAUUUUUGUGUCAGCCAUUGCCCACUAUCCUAUAAAUUCUAUAAAACA